CCCCUAACACACGUCCUCUCUCCCCUCUCUUCCCUCUCUCUUUCCUCUCCUCAAAACCCUAGCCGCCUCCUCCCCCUCCGUCUCUCCAUGCCACCGCCCCCUCCAUCUCUCCCUCCUCCCACCACUAUCGUAGCCCUCCCGCCGCAGCCGUUGCGCCCUCCACCUCCCACCACUGCCGCGACAUCACGCUCUCCCCGUCGCCUCCCUCCACCCCCUAACACUGUCAUCUUUCUCCCGUCAUCCUUUGACACCGCCCUCAUUCACUGUCGUCGUCGUCGUAGAGUGGUACGCUACCAUUGGUAGUCGUAGCGUACCACUACUCACUGGUAGCAGCAUCACUACUUACUGGUAGUGGUACCACGCUACCACUACCACUGGUACCGCUACUAGUGGUAGUGGUAGCGUACCACAACCACUGGUACCGUACCACUAGCGCACUACCGGAGUGGUUUUUUUGUAGAUCGUCGAAGCGAGUAUGAUUGGAGGAUUUCAUCGAGAAAAAGUCUUUCGGUCGGAGAAAGUUUGGCAAUCAGAGCGAAGAGUCUGCUGAAAAAUGAAGAGAGAGAUAGAGAGAGAUAUAAUUGUAAUAAUUUUAGGAUUGAAAU